AUGUUCGCCGCACUGUCACCAAUGCAAUCUAUCCCCAACAACCCCUCCAACUACCCCUGGACACCCGCGCGUUCGUCGCCGCUCUCCCCGCGCAGCAACUCGUCCGCGGCGAUGUUCAAAACCACAACGCCAGCACCUCAACCACAAUUCCAAUCCGCGCCCUUCUUCACAUUUACGCCCUCGCCCUCGCCAGCGCAGAACAAAUUCGAAGCCACCUCACCCUCACGAACCCCUCACGUCAACGCCACUGCCACCUCACCAACCCCAACCACAUCUUCCUACGCGACCCGUUACAAAAACACCAUCUCCAAUCCGCUCCUGUCGCACUCCUCGAAACGCGCCUACACAUCAUCAACAUCGCCGCGCGCGCGUUCUGUCCGGCGGAACGCGUUCCUCAACCGCGUCAAGCAGGCCCGCGACGAUGGGCGCGUUGAGGCCCGCGCCGAGCAGUUGGCGUACAUGGAGGAUAUCGCGGAGCAGAAAGAGUGGAGGGAAGCGAUGAAGAGGAGGGCAGAGGAGAUUCAGACCCGGUAUGGACUGGAUAUUGAGGAGGGAGAUGAGGAUCUGGACGCGGAUCUAGUGGAUGAAGCAGAAAUUCAGGCGUUGGACGAGUACAUCGAGCAAGAACGCGCUAUGGAGAUGGCGCUGCUUGAGGGCGUGGAGGGCAAUAGUACAGUCGGGAGUGCUGGACAUCAGCCGAACGGCACCGGACAAAGGCGGAACGACAAGGGCUCAUCAUUCAGCGACGAUGAGUACGACGAUAUUUUCAUGGAUUUGGUAGAUCACGGUCCUUCUGAGGACAUGGAUAUGUCUGAUUGA